GUACCUAUCUCACAAGAUAAGAAGCCAUCUGCAAAUUUUCUUUGGAAAAAUUAAAGCUACUUUUCCAUCCACGAAAGAAAAGAUUCACAGAAAAUGGAACGUGACGUUAUGAUAGAUAUAAUUGGGCGAUGAGUGCCACAAUGCCAGCACCGUCCAUCUGGAUCCUCUUGUGACUCCCGUCUAUUGUCCUUUCCCUUGCAUUAGAUGUCCAACGGUGGCUCUGGCAUAUUCAAGAAUAUCUUCGUACAUCUGACACUCCAACUGUGGUUCAGUUUGGGUUAUUUGCAAUCUCAAAACUAAGAUUUUGAAGGUUCCACCUAAACCCUGUUUUUUACAGCGUAUAAGGAUCGCCAAUCAUUUCAAUCGAGAAGUUUUUCUGAAACCGAGUUGAAGGCACUGAAGAAGAGUUUACACUGUUCUGGAAAAAAUGAUUACUCGAACAGUGGAUCUCCGGUCUGACACAGUCACCAAACCGACUGAAGCAAUGCGGGCUGCUAUGGCGGCUGCUGUGGUUGAUGAUGAUGUUUUGCACCAUGACCCAACUGCUUUACGCUUGGAAACAGAAAUGGCAAGGAUCACGGGGAAGGAGGCAGCCGUAUUUGUUCCCUCAGGCACAAUGGGCAAUCUAAUUAGCGUGCUUGUUCAUUGCGACACUCGGGGAAGUGAAGUCAUUCUUGGGGACAAUUCCCAUAUCCACAUUUAUGAGAAUGGUGGCAUUUCAACAAUUGGAGGUGUGCAUCCAAGGACUGUGAAGAACAAUCAAGAUGGAACAAUGGAUAUUGAUUUAAUUGAAGCUGCCAUUAGAGAUCCAAGUGGGGUGCUCGUGUACCCUACUACAAGGCUCAUCUGCUUGGAAAACACACAUGCAAACCAUGGAGGUAGAUGUCUGUCUGUAGAAUAUGUAGACAAAGUUGGAGAGCUAGCCAAAAGGCAUGGUUUGAAGCUUCAUAUUGAUGGGGCCCGCAUUUUUAAUGCAUCAGUUGCACUUGGCAUUCCUGUUCAUAGGCUGGUGCAAGCUGCUGACUCCGUUUCGGUAUGCCUGUCAAAGGGUCUGGGUGCUCCAGUUGGAUCUGUUAUUGUUGGCUCCAAAAGCUUUAUUGCCAAGGCCAAAAUACUUCGGAAAACCUUAGGUGGUGGGAUGAGACAGGUUGGGAUCCUUUGCGCUGCUGCUUUGGUAGCUGUACAAGAAAAUGUUGUAAAGCUUGAAGGUGAUCACAAGAAAGCUAAGAUUUUGGCAGAAGGACUGAGUCUAAUCAAAGGAAUAAAAGUCGAUGUUGCUUCAGUGGAGACCAAUAUUAUAUUUUUUGACAUAGAAGAGAGCUCAAAGUUCACAGCAGAAAAACUGUGCAAGUACUUAGAAGAACAUGGUAUACUCGUGAUGCAAGAGGGCCCAUUAAGUAUCAGGAUUGUCCUCCACCACCAAAUUUCUGAAAGUGAUGUGCAAUACACCUUGUCAUGCUUUCAGCAUGCUCUAACUGGAGUACAAGAUCAAAAUGGCAUCUAGUGGGAGAACUUGUCAUCACUCUCUUUCUUCUCAAGAAGUCCAUUGGGUUUUCUGAAAGACUUGUUCGACACAAAACUAAUGUUGAAUGUAAAACCUUUUAUGCUAAUUAUUUUAUAAGAAAAUAAAUGCUUUUCUGGUGUUUGGUUGUCA